CUUUACUGUUCAGUGUUGAUAUUAACGGAUUUUCCUUGAAUAUCGCCUGGAAAAUAUCGUUAUUUUAAUCAGAACCACGGGGUGGUAUAAGCUAAGCUAGUUAUUUUUCUACAAAUCGAAAAUACACUAAUUAUUCAAUUUCACUUAUUUCUCCAAUAUAAAUGACAAAAAAGUUUUUUUAUAAUAAAAUUUACAGAAAGUAAAAAUAUGCCUAUAUAGGCAGUGAUGAUGUAAAAUUGAAAAAAAAACAUCCAUAUGAAAUAACAAACUAAACAAAUAAACUAAAGAAAAUCAACAAAAUUAGAAAUUUGGCCUUGGACUUAACCUCAAAAUUCUUGAGACAUUUAUUUGAGGUUAUAUGGUAUUUGUUUAUUUACUUCCAAAUUCCCAAGACAUUUUUCAGUUUUCCAUAGAGUAUUAGUCAAUAUCAGUAUAUUAAUUAGAUAUGGCAGAUGUUAGCAAAGUAAUUCAAACUCUCUCAGACAUUCCCAAAGACACAUUAGAUUUACCAGAAAACGCUUCACAAAUAAGCAAUAUUCAAAAACCAACAUGUGAUCAACAAUAUGACACACAAGAUGUUCACUAUGAAGGUGAUAUUGCAAUUUAUACUGAUAAGGCGACAGGUUAUCAGUACCAGUGGGACAAAGAGAAGAAUGAGUGGGUCCCAAAGCAGAACAACAUAACUUAUGACUUUGAGGAUGAUACACAUGUUUAUGUAGAUGCUGAUGGCACCAAGCUAUUUUGGGACAAGGAGAAGAAAGCUUGGUUUCCAAAACUCGAUGAUGAUUUUAUGGCAAAAUAUCAAAUGUCUUAUGGAUUUAACAAUGAAGAACCAGGUGAAAAGGCUACAAAACCUGAACCUCCAGCUGAAAAUGAAGUGCCCACCAAACCUCCCAAAGGAGAAAAGAGAAAGGCCUCUGAGCCACAAUGGUUUGAACUUGAAGAAACCCUAAAUACCAAUGUUUAUGUUUCCAACUUGCCCACAGAUAUUUCUGAACAAGAGUUUAUCGAUUUUAUGCAAAAAUGUGGAUUAGUGAUGAGAGAUCCAGUAUCAGGACACUUCAAAGUAAAACUAUAUAGGGAACCUGGUACAGGGUACCUUAAAGGGGAUGCUCUUUGCACUUAUAUUAAAGUAGAAUCUGUGGAAUUGGCCCUUAAGUUACUUGAUGGCUAUGAAUUUAAGGGAAAAAUAAUAAAUGUGGAAAGGGCUAGAUUUGAAAUGAAAGGUGAAUAUGACCCAAAGCUCAAACCAAAAAUGAGAAAAAAGAAAGACAAACUAAAGCUUAAGAAACAACAAGAGAAACUGUUUGAUUGGAGGCCAGAAAAGAAGGAAAAUGAGAAAUCCAAGCAUGAGAGAGUGGUAAUAAUAAAGAACCUGUUUGACCCAACAAUAUUUGAUAAGGAUGUGGGGCUCAUUCUAGAAUUCCAGGAGGACCUCAGGGAGGAAGCAGGCAAAAUUGGAGAAGUUCGUAAAGUACUUUUGUAUGACAGGCAUCCAGAGGGAGUGGCCCAGAUCACAAUGGCGUCUCCAGAGGAAGCAACGCAAGUGGUAACUGUACUAAAUGGCAGAUGGUUUAUGAAACGUCAACUUACUGCAGAAAUAUGGGAUGGAAAAACCAAGUUUAAGAUUGCCGAAACUGAUUCUGAAAUAAACCAGAGGUUGGAGAAGUGGGAUAAGUUUUUGGAGCAGGAAGAUGGUGAUGAAAAGAGUAAAGACAAUAAGAAUAAUGAGGAUAAUAGUAAAACUAAUAGUUUAAGUGAAGGACAGUUAAUAUAACAGGUUUAGAUGUUAAAUUAUAUUAUAUUUGAUAUAAUUAGAUAUAUUAUAUGAAUUUUUCUUCAUUGAAUUAAUGAACUUUUUUCCUGUAGAAGUUAGUAGCCUUGAGCUUUUAUGGCUUUUAUAAGCUUUUAUAGCUCUGGUUUAAAAUUUGCAGAAAGCAGGGUUUACAUAGAGAAGGGAUUUUACCUGGUCACAUUUUAACAGCCCAUUGAAUGUACCAUAUAUGUAAUGAAUGCAGACAUAAAUUAAGAUAAAUAAUAUCAUUAUAUAUAUCUGACAGAAAUAUACAUAUUAUACACAUGUGAAAAAAUAUACAUAUUUUUUUUA